AUGCAACCAUAAUAAUAAUUAGCUCCGGCAUAUGAAAAAUGCUCAAGGCAUCCUAUCAACGACGUUGUUUUAUUUUGUAUACAUGAUAAAUGCAAAGAGGUAUAGUUAAAUUUAAUGUAUAAGCCAUUAUGCAAAGAAUGUUGUAAAUUACAUAUUCAAUGGCAUAAUUCAUAAGGAACACCUGCAAAUAUUGACACUGUUGAUAGUGUUAGAGAGAAGUUAUUUUCCGAUGUUCACAAUCUUAAAAUUAGAUUUGAAGAGUAAGUUUGCUAAGUAUAUGUUAGAGAAAGAGAAAUAUUACAUCAUUUUUCAGAUGGAGAGCAUUCUCAAUUGAUUAAAUCAAUUCAUGGAAAAAUAGAAUAAGUCAAAAAAAAUCUUCUUAAAUUGGUUAAUGAUUACUGUAAUCAAUUAGAAAAAGAAAUAUAGAAAAGAAUCCAAUAACAUAGAGUAUAUUUCAAUUUUGUAUUAAGGCUGCACAUCCUGGAGAGAAAAAAGAAUUACAUCAUAAAUUGAAUACAGUUAUUACUUAAUUAGAUUCACAAGAAAAAGCAUUACAAUCAUAAAAAUAUAUCAAAGCUUGUUUAGUUGUGAUAUCUGAAGAGAAGAAUCAUGAUCUAGAAGGAUUAUCUCUUGAUAUUGACAAUGCUUUAAAGCAUUAUUUGGAUAAUAUGUUUGAUGUAUGCAUUCAUGAAGAUAAAUUGCAAAAAAUAAGUUAUUAUUUUUUUUUAUUAUUUCCUUUUAGAUGAUGCUUUGAAUGAAUAUGUCGAAAUUCAUUAAGCUAAUUAUGCAGAAGAAUUAGAAUAUUAAACUUAAUAAAUUAGAGAAAGUAAAAAGACUACUGGAAUUCAAUCAUAAUAAUAUCAUUAAUAAUUCAAACCUGUUAAUAAAAAAUAAGAAAUUAAUCCUCCUAUUUCAUAGACAAUUCCUUAAAAAAAUCUGAAUUAUUAAUCUGUUUAUGAUACUUCUCAUUAUCAAUCAAAUAUACGUAACAUAACAUUAAAUUUACUAGAUUCUUCACUUCAAUAAUCCAGACUUGGUCCAACCUCUAAGAAUUAUGAAACUAGAUUGUAACAGAAUAAUGAAAAAUUGAAGUAAUUUUAUGGAUGA